AUGGCAUCACCAGCUGAUGAAGAUGGGUCCUGGACGUUGUUCACCCUGGAUGUGAAAUCGUUGCGUCAGAAUGGUCCAAGUUGCGGCCUUGUAGCAUUGCGGAUGGCGUCUGUCUUUGUUUGCAGCAAGGAGACGGGAGGAGAGAAUGUUCCCAGUGUCCAGGAUAUUCUGAAAGUUGCGACAGAAAAGGGUUUCAGCAGAAAAGGGGAGAUUUUCUCCUGCCAACAUCUUGCGGCAUUGGGAAGAGAAGUCUGCAAUGUAUCAGCAGAUGUCAUCGAGGAUCCUUCGACUGAAUUGAUUUGCUCCGCGAUCUCCUAUGGAAAACCAGUGCUGAUCGCCUACGACGCUGACAAGGACAACUCUCCCUGCCUCCUGCAAGGUGCUCGAGCUCAUUGGGCAGUAAUCUGCGGGGUGGCGUUGCCCAGCACGGCUGGCCUCUCCGAUCGGCUCGGGCCCCUCCUGGAGAAGGUGAAGGAAGUCGAGCAGGGUCGUACGAAGCUGGAGGUAUUCGUGUGCUGCAAACAGUCGUCUCCUUUCACGGAGGAGGGUCGAGGAGUAUGCUGCUGCUGCACCUGGUGCUCGGGUACGUCGCUGGGAACCCCAAGGGAGAAGGCAGACAACAGGGUCAUGGGGAUAUGUCUCCAUGGAAAAAGCUCCAGGCUGAACUUUUGGGACCUGGAGUCCCUGUUGGCGUCCAAUGCAAACUUGGCGCAGCCGAGGUCUGACUUGAGCAGAGUUGAGAUGGUUGUUCCUGAGGGACUGGAUGGCCUCAAAUGCAAAAUGAUUGUGAUCUCGAUGUAA